UUUGAAAUUCAGUAACUCUCAUUUUUUUUUAUUUUCCUAACAUGGACAUAACUGGAGAAAAUUCAAGGAAUGUGAAGUUGAAUUUAGGGCGUUCAUUAAUUGGAAGUGUUGCUUCUAGUUUGACUGAGUUUGAAACCCAGCAACCACCUAAUCUAUGGAAAAGUGCUAAAGAAGUUGGAGAGAAGCUGAGAAAAUUCUUGUACAAGAUGCCUUCUGUUUUCUAUGACGGACCAAAUGGAAAGAAGACGAAAGGAUACUUGUUAUACUCCUUUUCGAAGAGAGAAGAUUUGAAGAUAGUUUGUGCUUGUCAUGCUAUUUUUUUUAUUCCAGCUGAAUUUUUCAAACAUGGUGGUGGAGGUGACGUUGAUGUUGAGAACCCUUUAAACUAUCUAAAUAUAAUUCUUGACUACUGA